UAAAUGUAUAUAUUACAUCCGGUUUGUCCCGGUUAGCUGAGUAGCAUCAAGUGUAUAUACGUGAUCAUUUGGUCACACAUAAAAGUUAACAGAAAGUUUUCUUAUUUUGUCUUCUUCUCUCUGUCAUGCGAUCCUCGUUUUCUCCAUGAUAGCUUGAGCAAGAAGCUCCAAUUUCUGUUCGUUUGUUUUACUAAAAUGGUAUCAGAGCGUUGAGCACAGCUCAACAUCGUUUUCUGGUUCGAUCGAGCUCAGUUUCGAGGUUUUCUCCUCUGUUUUCUGUUUCGCUCGAUCUUCGUUUUCUGGGUUUCUUUCUCCGAUCGUCGGUUAUCUCACGAUGGUUGUUCAUCUCCGUCGCGGUCGCCGUUCCGGUCGUUCCACACGUGCUGGUAGCUCGAAUCCUCUUCCUGGUAGCUCCCCUUCUGUUCCUGAAGCCGUUGCAGCUCCGUCUUUUGAAGAUUCGUUUGCUCUUGCCGCCGUUAUGAACCCCGACAACGUUCACUCUCCGCUGUUUCUUCAUCACGCGGAUCAUCCAGGCUUGCAGAUCGUUUCCGUACAGCUUGAUGGAUCCAACUACACCCAGUGGUGUUCAGCCAUGAAGAUCGCUCUUGACGCUAAGAACAAAAUCGCUUUCGUCGAUGGUUCUUUACCUCGUCCUGAAUCAGGUAACCCUCUGUUUAGGAUCUGGUCACGCUGCAAUAGCAUGGUCAAAUCUUGGCUUCUCAACUCUGUUACUAAACAGAUCUAUGGCAGUAUUUUAUCGUUUGAUGAUGCAACUGAGAUCUGGGAUGAUUUGCAUAAUCGUUUUCACAAGACAAACUUGCCUAGAACUUUUCAGCUGAUACAGCAGAUCCAAGACCUCCGCCAGGGCUCUAUGGAUCUCUCCAGUUACUACACAACACUGAAGACUCUUUGGGACAAUCUAGAUGGUGCUGAGCCCGCUGAGAUGUGCUUGUGUUGCAACACUUUCAACUGUGCCAGUCAACGUUCUGCCAAGGCAAAGGUCGAGCGGAGCCGUAUCAUUAAGUUUCUUUCUGGUUUGAGUGAAAAAUACUCCAUCAUUCGUAGCCAAAUCUUAAUGAAGAAGCCCCUUCCUGACCUCGCUGAGAUUUGCAACAUCCUUGAUCAAGACGAUAGCCAACGACAGUUUAACUCUGUUGUUGCUCCUGCUGCUUUUCACGUUAGUCAUGACUCAGCUUCGUCCUCUGCGUUGCUCCAGUCACCUAACUCAGCUCAGUCUCCUGGUAUGGUUUCUAGUGAUGCCAAUGUCUCUCAGCCUGGCGCUUUGAAUGCUUUUCACAAGAAACCAGGACCAAUCUGCUCCCAUUGUAACAACACCGGUCAUGUUGUGGAUCGUUGUUACAAACUCCACGGUUACCCAGUUGGUUGGAAGAAAGGUAAAUGGGGUUCAGAUAAGUCCAAAUCAUCUGCAGUGGCUGCAAAUGUCUCUUCCCAGGAUCGUCCCUCUCCUGUUUCUGGUCUGGAUAAUCUUGUUGGUCAGUUAAACAAAGAUCAGAUUCAGAACUUCAUUGCCUACUUCAGCUCUCAACUUCAAACUAAGCCUACUGAGUCUGGUUCUAUUAAUGUCUCUCAACGUCAUGAUUCUUCUGGUAUAACGUUUUCCUCCUCUACCUUCUGUUUUGUUGGUCUUUUAAGUCUCGCUAACUGCGUUACUGACUUACAUACCUGGAUCAUGGACUCUGGUGCAACACACCAUGUUUCACAUGAUAGAGGCGCUUUUCUUAGUCUUGAUACCUCUGUUAAUCAUUUUGUGAACCUUCCUAAUGGUUCAACGAUUAAAGUUGGUGGUAUUGGACAGAUAAAGCUCACUGCAACUCUGGCUUUGCAAAAUGUUCUCUUUUUACCGGAAUUCAGAUUAAAUCUCAUGAGCAUCAGUUGUUUGACAUCCGAUCUUGGAGCUAGAGUGACAUUUGAUUCUGGCUGUUUUGAAAUACAGGAUCCUUCCAAGGGGUUGAUGAUUGGAAAGGGUAGACGGACAGCAAACUUAUAUGUAUUGGAUCUGGAUGCUGCAGGACAUACGGAUUCAGCUGUUUCUUCUAUUAUUUCUAACGCUGUUGUUGAUGCUUCUAUAUGGCACCAACGUUUUGGUCAUUCUUCUUUUAAAAGACUUGAGCUUCUACAAGAUGUACUUGGGAUUUCUAAAGCUAAGAAUAAAGGGUUGUUACACUGUGACAUUUGCCAUAGAGCUAAACAAAAGAAGUUAUCUUAUUCUUUAAAUCCUAAGCUUUGCUCUCACCCUUUUGAGUUACUACAUAUCGAUGUUUGGGGGCCAUUUUCUGAGCCAACACAAGAGGGUUAUCGCUACUUCCUCACAAUAGUGGAUGAUCAUACACGAGCCACUUGGAUUUACUUAUUAAAGCUGAAAAGUGACGUUCUUACGGUAUUCCCGGAGUUUAUUCAAAUGGUGGAAAGACAGUAUUCUGCUAACGUGAAGUCAGUACGCUCAGAUAACGCACCUGAACUUCGUUUUGAUGCGCUUUAUAAAGCCAAAGGAAUUGUUUCUUAUCACUCUUGCCCUGAGACUCCUGAACAGAACUCAGUCGUCGAGAGGAAACAUCAACACAUCCUCAACGUUGCCCGUGCGUUGAUGUUCCAGUCUGGAGUUCCUUUAACCUUUUGGGGCGAUUGCAUUCUUACCUCGGUAUUUCUUAUCAAUCGGACACCUUCUCCAGUGAUCUCAAACAAGACCCCAUAUGAGUUAUUAACUGGUAAGCUCCCUGAUUACACACAUCUGAAGACAUUUGGUUGUCUCUGUUAUGCGAGCACUUCUCCCAAACAACGUCACAAAUUUCAAGAUAGAGCUCGUGCUUGUGUCUUUCUUGGCUAUCCCUCUGGUUAUAAAGGUUAUAAACUGAUUGAUCUUCAGAGCAACUCUGUCUUUAUUUCUCGGAAUGUGGUCUUUCAUGAGGAGUUAUUUCCUUAUCUCCAAGCGUCUUCUCCUACUGGAUAUGAGGACUUCUUUCCUCGGUUAUACAGUCCUUCGUCUUCAGUGCCGUCUGUACCCUCCCCCAGCUCCCCUGUUGCUUCUAUUCCUCAAGUAAUUCCAGAUGAGGUCUCUCUUCCGGCUAAACGAGUUUCACGACCACCAAGUCAUCUUCAAGACUAUCAUUGCUCUUCUGCAAUAUCUUCUACAGAACACCCUAUCUCAAACGUUCUGUCUUAUGCUGCUUUAUCAGAUCCUUAUAUGAUCUUCAUCAACGCGCUUAACAGCAUCCCUGAGCCUUCCUCUUAUGCCCAGGCUGUCAAGUUCAAAGAAUGGUGUGAUGCAAUGGGGAUUGAGAUUACAGCUUUAGAGGACAAUGAAACUUGGAUCAUUUGCUCUUUACCUGAAGGAAAGCAAGCAGUGGGUUGCAAAUGGGUAUUCAAGAUCAAACUAAACGCUGAUGGAACAAUCGAACGCUAUAAAGCACGCCUUGUAGCAAAGGGGUACACUCAACAAGAAGGCUUGGAUUAUGUUGAGACUUUCUCUCCUGUUGCAAAGGCAGCUACUGUGAAGCUUCUUCUUGCGGUUGCAGCUGCCAAAGGUUGGUCUUUAACUCAACUUGACAUCUCUAAUGCAUUCCUUAACGGGGAUCUAGAGGAAGAAAUCUAUAUGACUCUACCACCUGGAUACUCACCAAGACAGGGGGAAUCAUUUCCACCUGACGCUGUUUGCAAACUGAAGAAAUCACUUUAUGGUUUGAAACAAGCUUCUCGUCAAUGGUUCCUGAAAUUUUCAGAAUCUCUACUCCAGUUGGGUUUUACUACUUCUUCCGGUGAUCAUACGCUAUUCACCAAACACGCUGGUAAUGUCUACAUGGCUGUACUGGUUUAUGUUGACGACAUUAUUAUCGCAAGCAGUUGUGAUCAUGCUACAGAACUUCUCAAGAGUGCUCUGCAAGCAUCCUUCAAGCUCAGAGAUUUGGGGCAACUUCGUUACUUUCUUGGUCUGGAAAUAGCUCGUUCAUCUGCUGGCAUUACUUUGUGUCAACGAAAAUAUAUUCUUGAUCUCCUUACAGAGACUGGAUUACUCGGGUGCAAACCUGUCUCCAUACCCAUGGAUCCCAGCAUAAAACUUUCAACAGAGGAUGGUGAUCUCCUGGAGAACGCAGUGAUUUAUCGUCGCCUCGUAGGGAAACUUCUCUACUUGACAUUCACUCGACCUGACAUCACCUUCGCCGUUCAUAAGUUAUGUCAAUUCACUGCCUCUCCUCGUGCACCACAUCUUCACGCAGCUUAUAAGGUCCUACAUUACUUAAAAGGCACCAUUGGACAAGGUCUUUUCUACUCUUCUACUUCUGAUAUGAAGCUCUCUGCUUUUGCGGAUGCGGAUUGGGGAACUUGUCCCGACACUCGUCGAAGUGUCUCAGGCCUUUGUAUGUUCGUUGGUCCAGCUCUAGUUGCUUGGAAGUCAAACAAACAAGAGACUGUUUCUUGUUCUUCUGCGGAAUCGGAAUAUAGGGCCAUGGCUGAGGCUGUCAAAGAAAUGAUUUGGUUUCGGAACCUUCUGCAAGAUCUUUGGGUCGACAAUCCAGGUCCAGCUCCUCUGUUCUGCGACAACACCGCUGCCAUUCACAUUGCCAAUAACGCCGUGUUUCAUGAAAGAACCAAACACGUUGAACGUGAUUGCCAUGUUGUUCGUGAGCGGGUUAAGUCAGGUAUGAUCAAGACUCUACACGUCCGUUCGGAGAAUCAGCUAGCCGACAUUUUAACUAAACCUCUUUACCCUGGUCCCUUCCGUCAUCUAUUAAGCAAGAUGGAGUUCAUCAACUUAUAUGCUCCAUCUUGAGGGGGAAUUUUGGUUUAUUUUGGUUUAUCAUUAUUUAUUGGUUUAGUUAAAUGUAUAUAUUACAUCCGGUUUGUCCCGGUUAGCUGAGUAGCAUCAAGUGUAUAUACGUGAUCAUUUGGUCACACAUAAAAGUUAACAGAAAGUUUCCUUAUUUUGUCUUCUUCUCUCUGUCAUGCGAUCCUCGUUUUCUCCAUGAUAGCUUGAGCAAGAAGCUCCAAUUUCUGUUCGUUUGUUUUACUAAAAGCUAACUCUCGGCCUCGCCACGGAGAAGCUUCGCUUCGUGAAGACAGUGGCAGCUACCGCUGUUGGUGAGGAGGAGAUCUCAGCCGCCGCUGCUGCGGGGGAUCUGGAAGUGCCGUAUCAAGAGCUGUCGGAGAGUUAUUUGGGGAAGUUUAAGAGGAAUUGGGCUCUUUAUUUUGGGUUCUUGAUCCUUCUCUAUGCUUUCUUGGUUUCUUUCUCUGUUGUAGUCCUCUGUUUCUGAUCUAAACUCAAAGGGCAUUUUAGGUAAUUCUUUGAUUUUAGAAAAUUCCUUUUUGUUUCGUAUCACUAAUCAGAAUUACAUAACAAAAAGGUCGAUUCCACUUUAGAUUAUAUUGUUAUUCAUCUAGAAAGGCAUCUCGGUUUUAACAUAGCAAUUCUCAAAUACAGUAGUCUGUUGAGGCUGGUAACAAAUAAGACUAGUAGUGCAAAGGUAAUGUUAGAGGUUCUUUUAACCGAAAAUGGUUGCCAAAAAAAAAAAAGUUCUUUUAACCGAUUUGAUGAUUGCCCAAAAAGAAAAACGAAGAGUCCAAAAUUUUCUGAUUUGCUUGAGAAAACAAUAGCUUCGUGUUUUCUUUUUUGAAAAAGAGAGUCGAUAUAAGCAUUACAGCUACGAUAAAUACUGAUCGAACAAAAAAACCUAAAUAUUUUCGAAGAUUACAAAGAUGUUCAAAAUUUAAAGAAGGUAAUGUUGGAGGUUCUGAAUUCAUAACAUUUGCAUUACUGAGAAUUAUUCAAGUUAUGUCUUAUUCAAGAAAAAGGGUUUUUGAUUGGCCCAUAAUAAACCUUACACUCUGUUUCUUUAGCUAUCCACAUUUUUAAAGGCCCAAAACAAUCAAGUCAAGCUACUAAUAUCAUUAAAAAGUAUUUUUUUUUUUUUUUUUUUUAGUAUUUUCACUUUUUGUAUAUUAUUAAAAGACCGAGUGUGAUCGGUGGUGAGUGAUCUUCGUGUAUAAACUCGUUGGAGGUGGUUCUAAUUCAUUUAUGGAAGUUGGGGACUAAAGGUCCUAACCGGAUGUAGCGGUUCGUUAACACCAUGACCGGAUCAAUUGAGUGUGUUCUUGAUUUGUUUGUGAAGUUCGCCGGAAUCAAUCGGAGGCGGAAUUGACGGAACUCAAUUCCUCAACAAGAGUCAAUAUAAACAUUCGAUAAACACUGAAUGAACUCAGAGCCGUGCUUAGCAUGUAUCAAAAAAGGCUUUCGCCUCAGCCUCCCUUCUAAAUAUAAAUAUUUUGGGGCCCUUAAAAUCUGAAGUUCAUUGUAGCAUAGUGGUUCUUCUAGGUAUAUAUGAGCACAUGAAUGUCAAGUUCGACCCUCCCAAGUUUCAGAAUUAUUUUUUCUAUAAAAUUAGGCUUCUUAAAAAAAAAUUUAUGUUAAAAUACUGUUGUUUUUAAAAUUUGCCUUGAGCCCCACUUACUCUAGGCACGCCACUGAAUGAACUAAAAACCUCAAAAUAUUUAGGAAAAUUAUAAAGAUGUUCAAAUUUCGAUUGAAAGAAGGUAAUGUUGGAAGUGAUUCAUAGCACUUGCAUUAGUGAGAUAUUCUUCUAAGAGACCAAAAAGGGUUUUUGAUUGGCCCAUAAUAAAACGUUACACUCUGUUUAUUUAGCUAUUCACAUCUUUUCUAAAGGCCCAAAACAAUCAAGUCAAACUACUAAAAUCCCCAAAAAUAAAAAGAAUUAUUAAAUACGACAAAAUAUUUUCACUUUUUGUAUAAUUAAAAAGACAGAGCAGCAACAGCUUUACGCUCACAGGACAAGCGAGAAGAGAAGAAGAAAACAAACACCGACUUUCAUAGAAAUCGCAGACAGAGAAAUCCCUCCAUCGUUGAAUCUCAUCUCCAAUCUGAAUUUCGAUGCCUUCCCGUAGAAGAACUCUCCUCAAAGUCAUCAUCCUCGGCGAUAGCGGGGUGGGGAAGACCUCUUUGAUGAAUCAGUAUCCUAAGCUGUGUGUUAAUGGUGUUUUAACUGGAAGCUACAAUGGAAUCUGUUCCUUUCUUUCCUGAGUUAUAUAGAUUAGUUUGUGUCCUUGUUUUACUUUAACACCACGUUUUCAGAUAUGUUAACAAGAAGUUUAGCAACCAGUACAAGGCCACCAUUGGUGCCGAUUUCUUGACUAAGGAAGUACACUAUGAAGACCGCCUCUUCACUUUGCAGAUAUGGGACACGGCUGGUCAAGAAAGGUUCCAGAGCCUUGGAGUAGCUUUUUACCGCGGUGCUGAUUGCUGUGUACUUGUCUAUGAUGUCAACUCCGCCAAAUCAUUUGAGGAUCUCAACAACUGGAGGGAAGAGUUUCUGAUCCAGGCGAGUCCAUCUGAUCCAGAGAACUUCCCCUUUGUUGUCAUCGGUAACAAAAUCGAUGUGGACGGUGGAAACAGCCGUGUGGUUUCAGAGAAGAAGGCUCGAGCUUGGUGUGCUUCGAAAGGAAACAUCCCAUACUAUGAAACUUCUGCCAAAGAAGGCACCAACGUUGAAGACGCAUUCAUGUGUAUUACCAAGAAUGCAAUGAAGAGUGGAGAA